AUGGCUCCCACAGUAAAAGAAACCGACUAUCUCGUUAUCGGAGGCGGCAGCGGUGGCCUGGGCUCUGCCCGUAUGGCCAGCGCAAAGUACGGCGUCAAGUCUAUGAUUGUUGAGGCGAGCCGCCUGGGAGGAACUUGUGUCAAUGUUGGAUGCGUCCCCAAAAAGAUCACUUACAAUGCUGCGGCCCUCGCCGAGGCAAUCCACGACGCCAAGCACUACGGUUUCUCCGUCGAGCAAACAGCCCCGUUCGACUGGAGCACCUUCAAGGCCAAGCGUGAUGCUCACAUUGCAAAGCUAAACGGCAUCUUUGUGAAGAAUCUGGCAAACGACACGGUCGACUAUCUGCACGGAUGGGGCCGUCUGCUGUCCAAGAACCAGGCAGAGGUCACUCUGGAUGACGGAUCCAAGGUGCUGGUCAACGCCAAGAAGAUUCUCAUCGCCGUCGGAGGCAAGCCUGCUCCCCCGCCCAAGAUCCCCGGAGCCGAGCUGGGCACCAACAGCGAUGGUUUCUUUGAAAUUGAGAAACAGCCCAAGAAGGUGGCUAUUGUCGGCGCUGGCUACAUUGCCGUUGAAUUUGCUGGCAUGUUCAAUGCCCUCGGCACAGAAACACAUCUUUUCAUCCGAGGCAAGACCUUUUUGCGAAGCUUCGACCCCAUGAUCCAAGAGACGGCCACCAACGAGUAUGACCGCCUGGGAGUACACAUCCACAGAGAGUCUCAGGCGACCAAGGUUGAGAAGGACGCCAACGGCAAGCUCUCUGUCACCUACCGCGAUGGACAGGGCAACGAGAGCACCGUUCACGACAUUGAUAACCUGAUUUGGGCCAUUGGUCGAGUGCCCGAGACGAAGGGCAUUGGCUUGGAGGAGGCCGGCGUCAAGCUGAACGCAAAGGGACACAUCGUUGUUGACGAGUACCAGAACUCUUCCGUUGACAACAUCUAUGCCAUCGGCGAUGUUACCGGUCAGGUCGAGCUGACGCCAGUUGCUAUUGCUGCUGGACGCCGUCUCGCACACAGAGUUUUCGGCCCCCCUGAGUUCUCAACGCUGAAGCUCACCUACGACAACAUCCCAUCAGUCGUGUUUGCCCACCCCGAAAUUGGUGCCAUCGGUCUCACAGAGCCACAGGCCAUCGAGAAAUACGGCAAGGAUAACAUCAAGGUUUACAAGUCCGGCUUCACUGCCCUGUACUACGUUCCGAUGGCCGUAGAGGACAAGGGCCCUACUAACUAUAAGCUGAUUACGGCCGGCCCUGAGGAGAAGGUUGUUGGUCUGCACAUCAUGGGCGUUGGAAGCGGCGAGAUUCUGCAGGGCUUUGGCGUUGCUGUCAAGAUGGGCGCAACCAAGGCAGACUUUGAUAACUGCGUGGCCAUUCACCCGACCAGCGCCGAAGAGCUGGUUACACUGCGAUAA